AUGAUGAAUACGAUGGCUCCAGGGGGUCCAGGUGACCCGCAUACACAAAUGAAUACAUAUAGAAGUUAUGUGACCAUGUUAGCUGAUCCUGGUGCUAAAGAUGAAAUCAAACUAAAAGCAGCCCAAGAACUUAGCGAAAAUUUUGAAGUCAUUCUGAGUUCACCUCAAUAUCCACAAUUUCUGGACCAUUCUCUCAAAAUAUUUUUAAAAAUACUACAAGAAGGUGAGCCUCAUUUCAUUGCCGAGUAUAACAUUCAACAAGUAAGAAAACUUAUUCUGGAAAUGAUACACCGCUUACCAAUCAGUGAGACAUUAAGGCCCUAUGUCAAAAGCAUCCUUAUCCUGAUGUUAAAGUUGAUGGAGAUAGAAAACGAGGAGAACGUGCUGGUUUGUUUGAAGAUAUUUAUGGAGUUACACAAACAAUACAGACCACCUUAUAGCACCGAAAUACACAAAUUCUUACAAUGGGUGAAAGGAAUUUAUUCUGAUUUGCCAAAUCAUUUACCCAAAAUAUUUGAACCUAAGCCUACGAUACGAGUAAAAGAUCUAUCAGAGGUGAACAUAGAGCAACUAUUGCAAGAGACAUAUACUACUACACCCAUACACACAGAAAAAAAAUUACUUGAUGGCAGUGUCGUUACUUAUAAUCUUAUUCCUAGAUCAGUAUUAUCAUUAAAAGUAAUACAAGAACUACCAAUUAUAGUUGUACUAAUGUAUCAACUAUAUAAACAGAAUGUGCAUCAAGAAGUAAGCAAUUUUAUACCUCUCAUUAUGGAAACUAUAACUUUGCAACCAGCUGCUACCCACAGGCAAUCAGCAUCUUUUAAUAAAGAAGUAUUUGUUGACUUCAUGGGUGCACAAAUCAAAACAUUAGCAUUUCUAGCUUAUAUUAUAAGGAUAUAUCAAGAUACAAUAGCUAAUCAUGCUAAUUUGAUGGUCAAAGGAAUUAUUGGUCUUCUAACUCUAUGUCCACCGGAAGUAGCACAUCUUAGAAAAGAGUUAGUGAUAGCAACACGACAUAUUUUGGCUACAGAUCUAAGGCUAAAGUUUGUUCCAUACAUGGAGCGCUUGUUCGACGAGGACGUAUUGCUAGGCGGCGGCUGGACGGUGCAUGAGUCGCUGAGGCCUCUGGCCUACUCAACUCUUGCCGAUCUGGUACAUCAUGUCCGGCAACAUCUGCCUCUGUCUGAUCUCGCUAUUGCUGCUCAUUUGUUUUCCAAGAAUGUUCAUGACGAGUCUCUGCCUACUAGCAUUCAGACGAUGUCGUGCAAACUGCUGCUGAACUUGGUGGACUGCAUCCGGCAGCGGUCGGAGAGCGAGGGCGUGGCGGGCGGCGCGCAGCCGCAGGGCCGUCAGCUGCUCAUGCGCAUCCUCGAAGUCUUCGUGCUCAAGUUCAAGACCAUCUCCAAAUUGCAGUUGCCCGCUCUGAUGGCAAAGUGCAAACAAACGACCCCGGCGCCAAAUGGUACAAACGGAACCACUCCGAGCACACCAACCACACCUGCGCCGAGCACUUCGUCCCCUGAAGUAAAAAUAGAAGACGAUAAACCUUCAGUGGACUUCCUCGAUAGCAUCAACAAAGCUGAAGAGAAAUCGAAAAUUGGCUUCCCUAGUUCGCAGAUGAGCAACCUCAAUGUUGGCGACUAUAGGACUUUGGUUAAAACACUUGUGUGUGGAGUGAAGACUAUUACUUGGGGAUGUGCGUCUUGUAAAAGCUCGAGCGGAGGCGAGGGCGCGGCGGGCGCGGCGGCGAGCGCGGCGGCGGGCGUGGCGAGCGUGUCGGGCGCGGCGGCGGCGGGCGUGUCGGCGGCGGGCGCGGCGGCGGCGGCGGCCAGCAUCGCGGGCCAGAAGCAGCUGAGCGCGCGCGAGACGCUGGUGUUCAUCCGGCUGGUGCGCUGGGGGCUGCAGUCGCUCGACAUCUACACGCUGGCGGCGCCGCGCGCGCCGCAGCACCCGCCCGCGCAGCCCCACGUGCGCUCCAAGGAGGAGAAGGAGGUGCUCGAGCACUUCAGCGGAGUCUUCUCCAUGAUGAAUCCUCAAACUUUUCAAGAGAUUUUUACUGCGACAAUUUCUCAUAUGGUAGAGAGAAUCAACAAAAACAUGACACUACAAAUAAUUGCGAACACCUUUCUGUCUAAUCCUGCCACGUCUCCUAUUUUUGCAACUGUUUUGGUGGAAUAUUUACUAAAAAGAAUGGAAGAAAUGGGCACGAAUAUCGAAAGAUCAAAUUUAUACCUCAGGCUGUUUAAACUAGUGUUCGGCUCCGUCAGUUUAUUUCCAACAGAAAAUGAACAAAUGUUACGACCGCAUUUGCAUAGCAUCGUAAACAAAGCCAUGGAUUAUGCAAUGACGGCCAAGGAACCAUACAACUACUUUCUGUUACUUAGAGCUCUUUUCCGGUCAAUAGGAGGAGGAAGCCACGAUUUACUUUAUCAGGAAUUUUUGCCCUUAUUGCCUAACCUUUUGGAAGGUCUCAACCGUCUUCAAAGUGGCCUUCAUAAGCAACACAUGAAGGACCUGUUUGUGGAGUUGUGUUUAACAGUACCUGUCAGAUUAAGCAGCUUAUUGCCUUAUUUGCCGAUGCUCAUGGAUCCGUUAGUAUCGGCACUAAAUGGUUCCCAUACUUUGAUAUCACAAGGCUUACGUACUCUAGAACUUUGUGUCGAUAAUUUACAGCCAGACUUUUUAUACGAGCACAUACAACCAGUUAGAGCCGAUCUUAUGCAGGCGCUUUGGAGGACGUUGCAAAACAACGAGGUUGCUAGAAUAGCGUUCAGAGUUCUCGGAAAAUUCGGUGGUGGCAAUAGAAAAAUGAUGAUUGAACCUCAAAGAUUGGAAUAUCGCGAAACAGAUGCGCCCCCACCUGCAGUACAGGCCUAUUUCCAGGAUCAGCCGAAACCAAUAGACUUUGAAGUAGAUAAAGUAAUAGAAACAGCCUUUUCUGCUCUAAAGUCCAGUACAACUGAUCCAUUUUAUCGCCGUCAGUGCUGGGAAGUCCUUCGUUGUUAUUUAGCAGCUUCAUUGAAUUUAGAAGAUGACAAAGCAACGCUCCAGAAGCUGUUCAAUCAUCCAAGCUUUGUUGAGGGUAAAAUACCACCGCAAAAUGGGCCUUACUAUAAAUGUUCCAAUACUGUUGUUAGAAAUACUCAUCGGACAGCUUUAACCGGUAUGUUCGUUGCCGCAGCGAUCAAGGAAUUGAGACAGCAUGUUCUUCCGACGAUGGUAUCGCUUGUACGUCACUAUACUUUAGUAGCGAUUGCUCAGGAAGCUGGUCCUUUCGCCGGCUCAGCGUGCCCUAAAGAAGGUCUUGAUGCAUUAGUUUUAGUUGACGCAAUCGCUGUAGUUAUGGGACACGAAGAAAAAGAACUCUGCAAGCCUGGGCACUUGGCUUUGGUUCUUAUGAUUGAGACUGCAGGCACUGUUCUUGGCAGUAAGGAACGUGCUUGCCGCUUACCAUUGAUGGAAUAUCUUGCGGAAAGAAUGUCAUCACUUUGCUAUGAACGAGCUUGGUACGCGAAGUUGGGCGGAUGUAUAGCCGUGAAAUUUAUGUUCGAGAAGAUGGCACCAGAGUGGGUUUAUAAGCAUGUCUUUACGUUCUUAAAGGCCGUACUGUUCGUUAUGAUGGACUUGACGGGCGAAGUAUCAUCGGGAGCAAUCGAUAUGGCCACUAUAAAUUUGGAGCGUCUUGUUCGCGUGUGCGUGUCUGGUCCCAGUGGGCAGGGGGUAGAACCUGAAGGAGAUGUUGCCGCAGCAAAGGCUCGUGCUCUGCACGAUGUCUUACAGGAAUUGGUACUACAAAUUACAAGUCCCCAUUUGCUUGUUCGUCAACAGGCAAUGAAGUCGUUGGAACUCAUAGCGGAAUUACAAAAUAAAACAGUAACAGAAGUAAUGGAUCCUCAUAGAGAGGCGAUAGCGGAUAUAAUACCGCCGAAAAAGCACUUGUUGCGCCAUCAGCCUGCUAACGCACAAAUGGGUCUCAUGGAUGGAACCACAUUCUGUACAACCUUAAAACCGCGACUUUUCACAAUAGAUCUGAACAUAAACGAGCACAAGGUGUUCUUCCGCGAGCUGCUGUCUUUGUGCGAAGCAGAGGACGGCAUGCUGGGCAAGUUGCCGUGCUACAAGGGCGUCAACCUGGUGCCGCUGCGCGCGUCCGCCUUGCGUGCGCUGGCCGCCUGCCACUACAUACAGGAGAAGCACUGCCGCGAGAAGAUAUUCCAGGUGCUCUACAAGUCGCUCGAGAAGAACGACCCGGAGCUGCAGCAGGCUGGAUUUGAAUGCAUGCAGAAAUUCUUAUCGGGCUUCCAAAUCGAUAUGGAAAUGGUUCAUCCAGUAAUGAGACCAUUACUACUAACGCUGGGCGACCACCGCAAUCUAAGCGUGAACGGAGCUAAAAGACUCUCAUAUCUCACACAGUUAUUCCCCUCUACGUUUAGUGAGAAGCUCUGUGAGCAGUUACUACAAUUACUAAAGAAACUGUUGGAUUAUUCUAUACAAACAAAUAGAGGAGGUAACUUCCUACAAAGCGUUUCGAAAAAUAUGGAAAAUGAACAGAAGAUAAUAAUACUGAUUGGAAUAUUCCAUCAAAUCCCUGCUGCGUCGCCGCGCUUUAUAGAUGUUCUGUGCCGUCUGAUAUUACAUACAGAAAAGUCGUUAAUGAUUGAGGCUGGCUCACCAUUCAGAGAACCUUUAGUUAAAUUUCUUUUAAGGUAUCCAAAGGAGACACUAGACCUUAUUAUGAGUGAUAACAACAUUAAAGAUCAACAAUGGAGUCGAUUCCUCGUGUUUCUUGUCAAACAUCCAGAAGCAGGGCCUGCCUUCCGUGAUGCGCUACAGACGUCCAAGAAGACUCGUCUCAUGCAACUAUUGGCUGCGAACAGUGGAGGCGCAGCCGCUUCCAUACCUCAGGCUGACAGAGCCGAGAUGCAGUUCCAAGCUAUAAGAGUUAUCUCUUUGCUUAUUAAAUACGAUGACCAGUGGCUCUCAACUCAACAUGAUCUCAUAGAAUUGCUUAAACGUAUUUGGUGCAGUGAUCAAUACCAUGAAAUUCACAAGAAAGUAGAGAAUGUCGAUUGCACACAUUGGAAAGAACCUAAAUUGAUAGUAAAGAUAUUAUUGCACUACUUUUGUCACCAUCCAUCUAAUAUAGAUUUGUUGUUUCAACUGCUGCGUGCUCUGUGCGACCGAUUUAUACCGGAUUUCCAGUUCCUUCGCGAUUUUCUUGAAAAUACAGUAGCACAAAAUUACACUGUGGAAUGGAAGCGCUCGGCAUUCUUCCGCUUCGUGGAGCAUUUCUCUAGUGACGCCAUGUCGCAAGAUCUAAAGGCCAAAGUACUGCAAAUGAUUUUGAUACCUUGCUUUGCGGUCAGCUUCGAGAAGGGUCAAAAGAUAGUCGGCGGACCGCCCGCGCCAUACCAAGAUAAUCCAGACAAUGUUGUCUCUGUGUUUAUUAAUAAUGUGAUCGACCCGGAGAACCCGUUCGCGUGCUCGGACGCGGUGCGCAUCUCGCUGCUGCAGUUCGCGUGCCUGCUGCUGGAGCAGGCGUCGGCGCACAUCCACGACGCCAACAACAAGAAGCAGGGCAACAAGCUGCGCCGCCUCAUGACCUUCGCCUGGCCCUGCCUGCUCGGCAAGAACUACGUCGAUCCUGCCACUAGGUAUCACGGACACUUACUGCUGAGUCACAUCAUCGCGAAAUUUGCGAUCCAUAAGCGGAUUGUCUUGCAAGUGUUCCACAGCCUGCUGAAGGCGCACGCGGUGGAGGCGCGCGCCGUGGUGCGCCAGGCGCUGGAGAUCCUCACGCCCGCCAUGCCGCAGCGCAUGGAGGACGGCAACACCAUGCUCACGCACUGGACCAAGAAGAUCAUCGUCGAGGACGGACACUCCGUGCAGCAACUCUUCCACAUACUGCAGCUUGUCGUCAGGCACUACAAGGUGUACUACCCGGUGCGGCACGCGCUGGUGGGGCACAUGGUGGCGGCCAUGCAGCGGCUGGGCUUUUCGGCAACCGCGUCGCUGGAGCACCGGCGCCUCGCCGUCGACCUGGCCGAGGUCGCGCUCAAGUGGGAGCUGCAGCGCCUGCGCGACCACGCGCACGACGACAUCGUCGUGGCGACUUCACCGAGCGGCGCGAUGAAGCGCGUGUCGGUGGAUGAAGGCGGCGGGGAGUCGCGCAAGGCGCUGAACACGGGCUGGGCCAGCCCGCAGGCCAGCUCCUCACGCUUGGAGCCCGACGCCGCCAAGCCGCUCGAUCGCGCGCAUGUCGACGUCGUCGUCAACUUACUGCUGCGCCUCGCCUGCCAGGUGAACGAGGGCAGCGUGGCGAGUGCGGCGGGCGCGGCGGGCGCGGCGGGCGGGUCGCCGGGCGAGCAGCUGUCGCGCCGCUGCGUGCUGCUGCUCAAGGCUGCGCUCAAGCCGGACCUCUGGCCGCACCUCUGCGAGCCCAAACUCGCCUGGCUCGACAAGGUGUUCUCGACCGCGGACAGCAACACGGCGGCGUGUGCGAACGCGUGCACGGCGCUGGAGCUGCUGGCGUUCCUGCUGGGCGUGCUGCGGCGCGAGCAGUGCUUGGCGGCGCUCAAGCCGCUGCAGCGCGGCCUGGCCGCUUGCGUCGCCUCGCCCAACGCCAAGGUGGUGCGCCUCACGCACAACCUGCUCGCCAAGCUCACCGCGCUCUUCCCCACCGAGCCCUCCGGCGCCGCGCAGGCCUGCAAGUACGAAGAGCUGGAAACGCUGUACGCGUGCGUGAGCAAGUACGCGUUCGAGGGGCUGGCGACGUACGAGAAGUGCGCGGGUGGUGCGGGCGGGGCGGGCGGCGGAGCGGGUGCGAGCGCGAGCGCGGGCGGCAGCGGUGCGGGGGCGGGCGGCGCGGCGGGCGGCGCGGGCGCGCUGCUGGGCCCGCUCAUGAUGCUGAAGGCGUGCUGCGCGUCGAGCGCCGGCUACGUGGACCGGCUGCUGCUGCCGCUCAUGCGCGUGCUGCAGCGCAUGCUGCGCGACCACGUCGCGCCCAACCCGGACCCCGCUGUCUCCGACCUACUCAUAUUAGCGCUAGAUCUUCUGAAAGCACGAGUGUCUGUUAUGCCUGUUGAUACAAGGAAAACAUUUAUUGGAACAGUUCUAGUUGGGCUCAUUGAAAAGACUACCGAUGCUAAGGUAAUGAAGGCCAUCAUUCGCAUGGUGGAGGAGUGGGUGAAGUGGCGCGGGGUGGCCGUUACCGGAGCCGCGCCGUCACUUCGCGAAAAGUCUAUAUUACUUGUCAAGCUUAUGCAGUAUGUCGAAAAACGAUUCCCUGACGACUUGGAGCUCAAUGCACACUUCCUGGACCUCAUUAAUUAUGUCUACAGAGAUGAGCAUUUGAAAAUGACCGAACUGUCAAUGAAGUUGGAGCCAGCGUUCCUGGCCGGGCUGCGUUGUCCUCAGCCACACAUUCGCGCCAAAUUCUUUGAAGUGUACGACCAGAGCGUGCGCCGCCGUAUCUUCGACCGCCUCCUCUACAUCAUUUGCUCACAGAACUGGGAGCACAUCGGGCAGCACUACUGGAUCAAACAAUGCCUUGAAUUGCUUCUUGUUACAUGUGUUUCUAGCACACAAAUUCGACUAUCCAAUUCCAAAUAUCUUCUUCCUAAUAUAUCUGCAGUAAUUAAUUUAGCAGACAGUGAGGAUCGCAAGUCUUUUGUUAUAUUCAGUAAUGUAAAAGAGGAGUCUGCUGAUGGCUUUAGUGACACCAUAGAUCCAGAUAAAGAAGAUGUGCUUGAUAUGGACUUGGACUCGAACUCAAAUCAAAGAGACGAUUUAACAAAGAAUGUACCAAACAGACAAAGAGCACUGAACCAGAUAGUGGCAAAACAAUCGGAGUUUUUGGAACUGGCUCGACGUGUGCGCACGGAGCAGCUGGUGGUGGCGGCGGCGCAGCUCUGCCACAUGGACGACGCGCUGGCGCACCACACCUGGCUGCGCCUGCUGCCCAAGCUCUGGGCCGCGCUCGACGACCGCCAGCUCGCGACGGUGAUGAACGAAAUUGUACCAUUUAUUAUAUCAGGUGUGCACGUCAUACAACGAGAUCAGCCACUCAGUGCACUUAACACAUUUAUUGAAGCUUUAGCUCGUUGUAAUCCACCUAUUACAAUAAAACCCCCUAUGAUGAAAUAUCUUGGUAAAACACACAAUCUUUGGCAUCGAAUGACAUUGAAUCUCGAACAGAUGGCCAUUGAACAAGCAAAUGGUCGCGGUCAACGUGAACAAAUGGAAAUCUACGAUUAUGACACCGAAACCACUACACCUACGGACAUACUCGAUUCAUUAAGUGACAUGUACGAACUUUUACAAGAAGAGGACAUGUGGUCCGGGUUAUGGUUAAAACACGCAAGGUAUCGUGAGACGAAUGUCGCUAUCGCGUAUGAACAGCAAGGUUUCUUCGAGCAGGCACAGGCUGCGUAUGACGUCGCUAUGGCUAAACUCAAACAGGAAUACACCGCUAACCCUUCAUCCUACAAUAUGCACAAGGAAUGUACACUAUGGACACAACACUGGAUCAAAUGUGCUAAAGAGCUGAAUCAGUGGGACUCAUUGCUUGAAUUGGGUCUUACAAGGAGCGUUCGUGACCCGUUUUUGAUCCUAGAGAGCUCAUGGAGAAAUCCUAACUGGCCGACAAUGAAAGAUGCUCUCGCGGAGGUGGAAUAUAACUGUCCUAAAGAAUUAGCGUGGCUGGUGAAUCUUUACCGCGGGUACCUGUGCAUAUGCGCGGGCGGCGAGCAGCAGCUGGGCGGCGUGGAGCGGCACGCGGAGGCGGCGGCGGCGCAGUGUCUGCGCGAGUGGCGCCGCCUGCCGCGCGUCGUGUCGCACGCGCACCUGCCGCUGCUCCGCGCCGCGCAGCAGCUCAUGGAGCUCAGCGAGGCCGCGCAGAUACACACCGGACUCCUGCACAGCCGGCCGACGUCACUGCACGACAUGAAAGCGAUCGUGAAAACUUGGCGCAAUCGGCUUCCAGUGGUGGCCGACCCGCUGUCGCACUGGGGCGCCAUAUUCACCUGGCGACAGCACCACUACCAGUUCAUUGCCUCCCACUACGACUCACAGACAGACCACGGCUCUAACCACAGCAUGCUAGGCGUACACGCUAGCGCACAGGCAAUAAUUCAUUUCGCGAAAAUAGCAAGAAAGCACAAUCUAUCUGGCGUUUGCCUUGACUCGUUACACCGAAUAUACACCAUACCGAGUGUUCCAAUAGUGGACUGCUUCCAGAAAAUACGACAGCAAGUGAAAUGCCAUAUUCAGAUGUCGUGGACGGAAGGAAAAGACGAAUUAACGGAGGGCUUAGAGAUGAUUGAAUCCACAAACUUCAAAUACUUCACAAAAGAGAUGACUGCUGAGUUUUAUGCGUUUAAAGGUCUCCUUUUAGCUCAAUUAGGACGUUCUGAAGAUGCGAACAAAGCCUUCGCGGCGGCUGUACAACUACAUGAUACACUGGUGAAGGCUUGGGCUCUCUGGGGUGACUAUUUGGAACAAAUAUUUAUAAGAGACCCGCGACAGAUUACUAUCGGAGUAUCAGCAAUGACGUGUUUCCUGCACGCUUGUCGACAUCAAAACGAAUCAAAAUCGAGAAAAUACUGCGCUAAGGUUUUGUGGAUGUUGAGUUUCGACGAUGAUAAAAACAGUCUAGCCGAGGCACUAGAUAAGUAUUCAGUAGGAGUCCCUCCUGUGCAGUGGCUUCCGUGGAUACCGCAGUUGCUUGCCUGCCUUGUGCAGUACGACGGCAACGUUAUUUUGAACCUUCUUAGUCAUGUGGGACGUCUAUAUCCGCAAGCGGUAUAUUUCCCGAUUCGCACGUUGUACUUGACACUCAAGAUCGAGCAACGUGAGAGACAUAAGAGCGCCGAAAACUUAGCCGCGCAUCUACCUCAUCAGCAGGGUGCUGCUGCUGCUGGCGGGCGCGGCGCGGGUGAGGCGGCGAGCGAGGCGGGCCCCAUCAAGGCGACGCUGCCCAUGUGGCGCUGCUCCAAGAUCAUGCAGCUGCAGCGCGAGAUACAUCCCACCGUGCUCUCCUCACUCGAGGGAAUCGUCGACCAGAUGGUGUGGUUCCGCGAGAACUGGUACGAGGAGGUGCUGCGGCAGCUGCGCGCGGGGCUGGCCAAGUGCCACGUGGUGGCGUACCACCACCGCGCCGCCGUGGCCGAUGCCACCGUCACGCCGCACACGCUCAACUUCGUCAAGAAGGUCGUCUCCACCUUCGGCAUCGGCAUCGGCAUAAAAAGUGUUUCAACUUCUGUAAGUGGUGCAUUCUCUUCAGCUGCAUCGGAGAGCUUGGCGCGACGCGCCCAGGCAACUGUGCAGGACCCCGUCUUCCAGAAGAUGAAGACACAGUUCACCGCUGACUUUGACUUCACACAACCUAACGCUAUGAAAUUACAAAAUUUAAUACAAAAGUUGAGGAAAUGGGUCAAGAUACUCGAGGCCAAAACAAAGGUUUUGCCCAAAUCAUUCCUCAUCGAAGAAAAAUGUAGAUUCUUAUCAAAUUUCAAUCUAAAGACUGCUGAAAUAGAACUCCCUGGCGAGUUCCUGCUUCCAAAACAUACCCAUUACCACGUGCGCAUAGCGCGAUUUAUGCCUCGAGUUGAAAUAGUUCAGAAGCACAACACGUCCGCGCGUCGUCUUUAUAUACGAGGCCACAACGGAAAGAUAUACCCCUACCUUGUCGUCAACGACUCGGGAUUGGGCGAUGCGAGACGGGAAGAAAGAGUCCUGCAAUUGCUCAGGAUGUUAAACCACUACCUGGGUAAACAGAAAGAGACUUCUAGAAGAUUCCUUCACUUCACCGUGCCGCGAGUCGUCUCUGUCUCUCCGCAAAUGCGCCUUGUCGAAGAUAAUCCCAGCUCAAUAUCUUUGUUGGAUAUCUAUCGCACGGAAUGCGCUAACAGGGGUGUGGAAUACGACGCUCCGGUGGCGCGGUACUAUGAACGCUUGGCUGCGGUACAGGCUCGGGGCUCGCAGGCUUCCCAUCAAGUGCUACGUGACAUUUUGCGGGAGGUGCAAGCGACGAUGGUGCCGAAGGGCAUGGUGCGCGAGUGGGCGGCGGCGACGUUCGCGGCGCCCACCGACUACUGGACGUUCCGCAAGAUGCUGACGCUGCAGCUGGCGCUCGCCGCCUUCGCCGAGUACGUGCUGCACCUCACGCGCCUCAACCCCGACAUGCUCUACGUGCACCAGGACUCGGGACUGCUCAACGUCGCAUACUUCAAGUUCGACGUGGACGACACCACCGGCGAAUUAGACGGCAACCGGCCCGUCCCGUUCCGGCUAACGCCCAACAUCUCGGAACUCCUUACAAAUAUAGGCAUCACUGGACCACUGACUGCCUCAGCAAUCGCCGUUGCUCGGUGCCUUGUCACACCUAACUUUAAGAUCCAAUCCAUUUUGCGGACGAUACUUCGCGACGAGAUGGUGGCCGGUUAUAGGAAACGUUUGGAGGAUAAAUCCGUACUGCCCACUGCUGGCACCUCGGCCGACAAUAAACCCAUGGAAAUGGACAACGAGACGAUAAUCAACAUGGUUAAUAAGGCCGUCACUGUAAUUAUGAACCGGCUCAAUUCACUCGCUUUGUUCGACGGCCCAGAUAGCAAAGUUGCCACUCUGGUCACAGCAGCCAACAGCCACGACAACCUGUGCCGAAUGGACCCGGCAUGGCAUCCCUGGCUUUAA